AGAGAACGUCAGUAAUUACGCUAGAUUUUCGGCUGCCACGACGGUUGAUACAUUGUCUUGAAAAUAGAAUAGGCCAGGCUAGAUAAAAGAUAACAGUGACAGUAUCAUUUGAUUCACCGUGUUGUUAACAUCUCACUGGAGCCUGGAGAGCUCGAGAGUAAUUGAAUCAAUUCAACGAGCGCCUUCCGUCGACAGUCUGUGGAAAGUGCAUGCAAGGCAUUAUUAUAGUGUUGUGGACUUCAGUAUUUGUGAUGUGGACAUCCGAGUUCGAUAUUCGCUGAUCCCGUGAAACUACAACCAAAAUGAACAGAUUACAAAUAUGUGCUGCAUUGUUAUUGCUGGCUGCAUGUGCAGGGGCGAAGCAAAUAAUGACAGAUAUAGAAGCACUGGCAUCGGCGCCAACGAGAUGCACCUACGAGUAUGCGUACGACAUGUAUGGCGCGCAUUGUGCGGGCCUGCGACUUAGCAAUAUACCAAGCCUCAGAGGAGGAAUAGAGAUACUUGACUUUAGCGACAAUAAACUACAAGAGAUUCACAGCGACACACUGUCUUCGUACAGCAGUAUAAAAUUCUUAUACUUAUCUGAAAACCAGAUCUACUCAAUCGAAGAAGAUGCAUUCUCAUAUCUCACUAAUCUCCAAACUCUAGAUCUGUCCAAGAACGUUAUUCUAGCCCUUUCUGAAUCCAUAUUUCACUUGCCGUCAUUACGUAAACUUUACCUUAACGGGAACCCUUUGCUACAUUUGCAUCUGAGCAGUCUUCAGUUGACUAAGCCAAUAAGGGCACCACUGGAACUUUUAGACCUUUCUGAGUGCAAAAUAAAAGAAUUGCCAUAUUGGGGCUUACUGCCUCAACUUAUAUUGUAUAAUAUCUCUCAUAAUCCUUUGAAAUCGAUAGAUGCUCAACAUUUCAGUGCAAUGUGUAAGUUAUCGAAGGUCGAUAUUACAAAAUCUAUCGAUAACUUGAAACUGUGCGAUUUGAGAAUCACUAUUUCCUGGUUUCAAGAAAAGAAGAUUUACUUCGAGUUGGAUGAUUAUACAAAAUUAAAUUCAAAAGAAUUCGAGAGUUGUCCGAAGCGGGAAAUACCUGAAAAUCUUAAUUUUACAUACCAUGAGUGUCGCACUUUGUUUACACAAGUUCAGGGUACGAAGACAUCGCGCCGCACUUGGCUGACGAUAGGAGGCGGGCUGGCUGGGUUUCUGGUUGGCUUUGUUUUGUUGCUGUACGUGAUGCAUCGGCAUAAUGUGGCUCAGACAAAACGAGCUCUAAAAGAAACCAAAAAGGUUCCAGUCGGGACGGAUCAACAAUCUUCAACGGUUCUCUUAGAUGAUGUAGCUUAAGCAAAGCUUGAAGAUAUUGUGUUGUUUUUUUAUCUAUUGUAUAUGACGUAUAUAAAUAGGAAAAGAAAAACAAUUCAGCACCUUUUAAAAAAUAGAUAGGUAUCUCAUACAUCUUAUGUUCAAGGUUAAGUGGAGAAGAACAACUAGGUAAAUCCUGAAAUUUAUAAUAUAAUUUGCACCCUAAAAUGCAAUUUAUUUGAAUAAUUUAUUCAAUGUUUGCGCUCUUAUUGAGAAUUUCCUACAGAAGAGAGAUCAGAUACUAGAAAUUGUCGCCAAACAAAUUUAAAAUGCCAGGCGACAAAAUUUUGGAAACGACUGGUAUAAUUAUAUUAUCGGUUUAAUAUACGUACUCUUUUAUGAAAACCUUUCAAUAACGUUGUUAAAAAAAUAUGAGAUAUAACGGAAUUCCGGCCAGUUGAGUUUUCAAAUAGGCCACCAUAAUAGGCUGUGGGCUAAGGUCCGUAUUCCAGAACACGUGUCAAUACGUUAUCUAUGAUCAAGAACCAGCUAUUUUGGCAACCUGACAUCUAUUGUGCGCCUGUAACGCAUGAAAACCCCCUGGGUUCAAGUCCUUGUAAGCCCAGUGUGAUUUUGUAAAAUUUUCACACAGUCUUUGUAUAUUCUGGCAAGUGCGAAUAGGUCUCCUCACGUUUUUCACCUAUAUCGUAAGAGCGUCGUGUAAACGUUCAUAUUAAUUCGGAAAACCAAAAACACAUCGGAGCUAUAGAGAUCCUGGGCAACUGCUUGUUGUCCUGGCCAAAAAGAGACAACGGGAACGAGCUAUAAACUAGAAUUCAUAGUUGUAGAGAUCGCGUAUGAUGUGAUAAUACCCAUUAUCAUAAUUCACUUUUAUAAAGACAUCAUCGUGUGAAUUGUUACCGCUAUAUUUUAAAUAUAUUACAUUACGACUUAACCUUAAUCAUAAGAAAAUAAAUCUGAAAUUUUAAGUAAAUAAAAAUAUGUCAUUAGGCAUCGCUAGCACGCGCGCAGUUACUAGAUUACUUACAGGGCGUUCCGAAAUGAUAUUAUGAAAAAUUUAAGUAAUAUGGUGAAUUCACGGACUAGUAAAAAAAGAAGGACUCUGCGCCGUGAUAUUAGCAAGUGAAGCACCUUUAUGCUAGUGUGUGUGCGGUUACGGAGUAUACCAGAUACACAAUUUUUCUCCCUUAAAUAAUCAUAUGUCCACAAAUACUUUUAUAGUAUUGUUUUUACACUUUUUCACAACGCACGACGGCAUUUUUUAAAUAUUUUAUUGCGACGCAAACUGAUCGGUCACAGACGAUGGCAAAUCUCAUAAUGGCGGCCGAUCGGCUUGUAUUAGUGUAAGUGUAUGCGUGGGGCUAUGUAUUUACACGUUUAUCGGCUUGUUUUGGUGCCUCACUGUUAUGUAAGGUGACACGGAGUCCUUCUUAUUUUACUCGUCCGUGGGUUAAUUAUGUAUUUUUAUUUUUGAAUUUACUUUUUUAUGAUUACGGUUAAGGUUUCUACCCGUGUGUUUAAUUAAUGUUACCAUUGUAUCAUCCCGCUGUAUAUUGUACCAAAGAUGUACGAAAAAUCUAUUUGUUAAAAUAUUUAACCUAAGUAUAGUCUUUUAAAUAGUCACAUCGUUAAAUAAAGUGUAUAUAUUCAUAUACCUAUCAUAAUACCUAACAUUUUGUACGCACAGAAGCCUUUAUUUAUAAACUAUAUUAUUCAUAGAAUGUAUUUUACAAGUAUUGAUAUUUUUAUUAUCAGUGACGCAUUGUUGGUCCAUUAAAAGAAAAUCACAAAAGCUUAAAGUCUGACUAGCUGUAGGUAUUUAGAAAUAUCCUCAUCUAAAUGCUAUAAUCAAUUAAAAACUCAUUUUUUUCCUUAUUUGUCUUGAUAUAAUAUAUAUUAGGUAUAUAUAUCCAAAAAUUCAAACAUUUUAUAUAAAAGGUUAAGCAAAAUGUAUCCACAUAUCUAUAAUACCUAUUAGUCAGUUAAUUAGGAUUCUAUUUUUAGUGUUAAGGAAUCUCCAAAGAUUUACUUUUAUAAUGUAAUUAAGACUAGGUACUAGUUAAGAUAUGUAUUUGAAUAUUCCAAGAAUGUAUGGACUAACAAAAACCAAUGAAUAUGUGUAGUCGUAGAAAUUUAGUUUGCCCCAACGUAGAAGCAUUAUGCAUAUAAAUUUAUUUGUUAUAUAAUCGUUAUAAUUUUAAGCAACUUUUAAUCUACUGUGAUAAAAAUGGACCACAAAUAAAUAUUUAUUUUAAUAA